UUCACCCCCUACGAAUCCAAACAAGCCCUUAGUCUCAUCUCUAUCUCAUCUGGACUAGGGUUUUGGGCUGAUUCAUUCGAUCAUCAAUGGCUCCCUCUUCUCCUUCUGACGAUGACGUCGUCGUUCUCGAGCUCACAGAUCCUUGUGCGGUUGAUGACCAAUCGUCACGGGACGAGAUCUCGAUCUCAACCUCAGAUAUCCACAGCUGGAACCUAGAUUUGAUUCUUUGUUCCAGAAUCGUUAAAGUGCACGCCAAUCGAAGCAGGCUAGUUGAAGAGUCUUGCUAUUUUCGCGGACUGCUCAGUGGGAGCUUCAGUGAAUCAAGUCUUCAUCAAGUCUCAGUUCAAUGGAACACUGAAGGAGUUCUCAGCGUGCUUCGGUAUAUCCAUGGUCAUUCAUUAAAUGUGAUGCCAGAUAACUUUCUUCUCCUUUUGGAGGCUGCAUUGUACUUUGGAGUGGAUAAUCUCUAUUUGGAGUGUGAGACUUGGUUCCGUCAUAUUACUUCAGUAAAAGAUCUUCAUAUUCAACAGAUGCCUCUGGAAAUGGUACUUGAGAUUUGGAAGUUUGGCAGGGAACAUGGAAUCAAGUUUGUUCAAGAACUAUGUGAAAGCUAUCUAUCCCAACACUUUGCAUGGGCGUCAUCAUGUAGUUCUUUUGGUGACAUUCCGUAUGAUUUAUUGCUUUCCUGCUUAGAGCACCCUUGGUUAACCGUGGAAUGUGAGAAACAACUCUGUGAAGCGCUUGAAACUUGGCUUGCUAAUAACAAUAAAUCUUUGGAUGGCUUACCUAGCAACUCCAGCAUUGACAAAUUCGAUAUUCUUAAGAAGGUAAAAGUUUCUCUUUUGCCUUUGGAAUAUGCUGCAGGGUUAAGGAGACGCCUCUUGCAGUUUGCGGAUGAGGUUAUUUGCUCUAUACUUAAUCUAUUAAAGGACUCUUCCUACAGCUUGAUGCACGCAGUAACCCGUGGCGACACUGAAAAAUACAGAAUUCGACUGACCCAAUAUUCCGAGAAGAUAGUACUUUCUGGUUGCACCCAUCUGACAGCGCCCUUUCUGUUUCUGGCGGUACUACCUCAUGGUUUGGAUGUUAUGCAGAAGGCAAGAAUUAUUCGUGCAUUGGUUGAGCUUGACGGUCAUAGAGGAGAUUAUUACAGAAUCUUGGAGAAGUCACCUAACAUUCUUUGUUUUGGACAUGUAAAUGAGGUGAAUAUUUCCAUGUGUCUCAAGAUGAAUUUUGGUGCUGCCAUUGCAUGGUUACACAUGGCUUUCCCCUCGUUAAAAAUUUUGAAGGCAUCUCAUUGUCUGCAUUUCACAAUGGAAGAUCUCUUUUAUUUGAUUAGGAAAUGUCUUCUUAUGAAUGAAGUCGAUUUGACUGUUGAUGUUAGUCCUGUCACACCCACAAUAUCAGUUUUAUCAGCUACUGUUGAAGGAUCUCAAUUUUUUGAUGGCAAACCACGUAAAAAUUCAGAAAAGGUAAUACCUCUAUCAAAUAUUGGAAAGUACUCACUGGGGAAGCCAGUUGUGGCAAACAUCUCGAAGCUGACGUUGGAAGGUAGAAAUGAUAUCACUGAUUCCGACCUGCUGUGUAUUUCAAUUCUCUCUGAUUCCUUAGAUUAUCUCAACAUUAAAGGAUGCACUAUGGUGACUGACAUGGGCAUAUCCAACCUUAUAUGCAAAUGCCGCAAGGUUCAUUCAUUGGUUUUGUCAUACACAUCAUUUGGCAGAAUAUCGAUUCUCACACUUUGUUCAAGUAAUACUUCUUCAGAUGGCUCUCAUGGUGUUUAUCACUGUCACAAGCAUUCAGACAUGAUGGCGUUUGGGCUCCAACAACUGCAUCUAGAUAGCUGUAAAGGUGUUGACCAAACUUCAAUGGCACAGCUUAUGAGCCACACAUACAUGUUGAAGAUUCUCAGUUUAAAGGACACUUGUCUCAUUGAUGAUGCUCUUUAUGAGUUUAUGGGUUCUUCUUUGGAGAGCCUUGAUGUUUCUGAAACCAUGGUUUCCUCACAAGCUCUGACUCAUAUUAUUAAAAUGAACCCACGUAUGAGGUGUUUGAAAGCAACAUGCUGUAGGAACUUGUAUCAAUUCAAAGACAAGAGCAUGCCAGAUAUUAGUAGUUCUACCAGUGAAGAUCUCUUCCGUGAAUUAGGCAAGACAUGCAUCCUUGAAGAAGUUGCAUUGGGCUGGGGAUUUUCUUCUUUUCAACUAGAAAUGCUAAAACCUUCCAUUAGCAAACUAAGAGCCAUUACAUUAGGCCUUGGUGCAUCACUAGACAACCAGACGCUCUCUGUAAUACCAGAAGUUUGUCCUCAGUUGGAAUCAGUAAUUCUUAAUUUUCAGGUAAUUUCUGACAAUGUUGUAAGAAAAAUUCUGCAAUCUUUGAAACAACUGCAAAUGCUCUGGUUGUGUUGCUGCCUUGGUGACUUGACUUCAUUUAGCUUGCGGAUAAGCAAUGUCAAUAUAAAAACAUUAAAACUAGAGUGGGUAACUCCAUGGAUGACAAAUACCGACUUGGUAGUUUUGACUGAAAACUGCCCGAGUUUAGUUGAGCUUUCAUUGUCAGGGUGUAAACUUCUUGAUUCAAGUACUCAAGAAAUCAUUUCAUCUGGUUGGCCAGGAUUGACGUUAAUCCACUUCGAGAGCUGUGGGAAGGUGACUGCACAUGGAGUUUCUUCUCUUUUCAACUGCAAAGCUGUAGAAGAUCUUUUAUUACGCCAUAAUGGACGAGGUAUUGGAAGGAAUGUCAUAUAUGAUGCUGCAUCGAAGUUACCUUUGCUCCGUAAGCUAGCCCUGGAUCUGUGUGAUGCUUGUGAUGGCGGGUUUGAUGGCCCCAACCUUACUGAGCGACUCUACAUGCGAAACAUAAGAAUAAGUCGCUGUAUGUCGCACAAGUGUGGGCUUGAGCUCCAGUCAGCAGAGGCCUUCAAGCCAGUGCACAAAGAGACCAUAGUCAUGGAGUGGACCUCCGCGGAGCUGCGCACAAUAAUAGUCAAGGAAAGAAUAUAGUGUGGAAGCAAAUGGUGGGUAGUAUUUAGCAGCAUCCAAACUUUGUAGCAUUCAAGCUUUGUAAAAUUAUUGUACUAGAUUGAAUGUAAUUGUAGAUGCUACUUCUUUAUCAUUACAAAAGCAAAAAAUAGACUGGUGAGUGAUGGGGCCAGGUGGUUUUGUGUUCAGAAUGUCAUGACAGCACGUGAUGCAUAAGAUUUUGUGGUCGACGCUUAUUUUUUAAUAACUUUUCUGAUGAUUUUUGACAA